ACAACUUGAAAAAAUCAGGAUUCUGGGACAGUGUCCCUAUUAUGAUGCGUAAUAGAUCAGUUUUCCAGUUGAGGUAUGCAGCGGUUGGGUUUUUUUGCCAGAUUUUGUUUCUUUGACUUCUGAAUUUUCUUACAUUUUGCCCCUACUUUUCUAUUAUUCCAGCUUCCUUCAACUGUUCUUCAUCCCAUUUCAACCAUUCUCUCUCUUAUGAUUCGGAACACUCUGUCUGUGCAUCAAAAAAUUCAAGCCACAAUGACUUGGAAAAGAAGCCUGUACUGGGAGAAGUCAUGGCAUCAGUCACUGCCCUCUUAACCAAGUAUAAGAGUGGCCUAAGAGUUAAGAAAGUGCAAGAAAUCUUGCUGGCGGUAGAAGGAAUUGAUCUUGAGAAGUUCAGCAUUGCCCAAGGCCACAAAGACACAGUGGAAUUUUUGGAGCAACAGAUGCCUAAUCUGAAGUUGAAAUACCGACAGAACAGGCUCAAAAGUAUUGUUGAACCUGAAUCAGGAAAAAGAAAGAAGAAGAGGCCUUGUACAGUUAACCCAGUGAACAUAUAUGCUCCCAUUCCACGUCUGGAAUCCACAGGAACAGCUGAUCCACUAAACACUGAACCAGGCUUAGAAGAUAUCUCUACACCUGCUUUCACCUUCAGUGAUCCCUCUGCAAGUGACUCUCAGCAUCAAAGCCUACCUUCUCCAAUUGCUGUAGUGCCCCCUGAAGUAAACAGCUUGUUUCACACCAACAGGCCUGUUCCAUCUGCCACGACACCAAACUUCUCAUUAUUUCAGGAGCCCCACAAUGCUUUAUCAGUCAAAGCCAAGAGUUCCUCUCUUUCUCCUUUCACUGUUCUGCCAGAGCAGCCAAACACAUGCCAGUUUGGUGCAGAAUCAUUAGCUGAAGAGAUACCCAGCAAUUCACAUUUAACUACAUUCCAACCCUCUAUUGCCCUGGAUGAACUGAAGCAGCAAGUGGCUCAUGUUCUGGCCAUGCACCCAGAGGGCAUGUCUCUAUUCCAGUUCCGUGCUGCCUACAGUGCUACCUUUGAGCAGCACUUCCCACUGGGCAAUGCUUCUUCUGCCAAGCAGCGUCUAUUUGAGAUGCCGGACAUUGUCUAUCUGAAGGGCCAUGGAGUUCAGGUGUUGCUGUUGCCUGUAUCUUCUGACGUGUCACCUGUAAAAUCAGGUCAGCCUGCCUCUUCCAAAGAGGAGAACGUUGCAGUGGUUUCUAGCCUUGCGUUGGUCAAACCUGUGCCUCCGACUAAAUCUGCUGUAAAAACCCUUCAAUCCCAUUCCAUUUGGACACCACCUUUGGAAACCCCUGGAAAGUCAGGAGACAAGGAUUGUUGCAUCCCUAAGAACCUGUCCCCAAGAAUGCCUCUUGCCCCAUGCCAAGAACGAGAGAAGGCCAGAACAAGCUUCACAGACCUUUCAGAUCAGCUUGAUUUGUCAAAAGUACAAGAGGUUCCAGUGCUCCCUGGCCAUUCUUUGCUUAAAGAGGAACCUCCGUUAAUUCCACAGUCUUGCCUGAAGCCUGCUGUUCCCAAGGCUGCCAUGGUGCCUGUACCUAAGCCCCGUCAUUCCCUUUUGCAAUCUUCUGGAUCCAUUGGAGCACCAGAAAAUAAAGGGAAUGGGCCAUGCACUGAGCUUCAUCCCCAGGAUGUCCCAUUUAAAACUCUGCAAAAAAACACGUGGAGCAAUUCCAAGCUAACAGAGAUCCCCUUCACUCUGCAUUCCUCUGUAGAUUUACCUACACAUUCUCAAGGCUCAGUGUGUGAUGAGAAUCUGCAGCCAGAUAUUCUUAAGUCCAGACCUGCAUCUCUUGCUAACUCACAGAUUUCUGACAACCCUGUUCCAUCUCCUUCCAGUUUUGUGACAUGGCAAGAGCCAGUAGAUCGUUCUCCUACCAUCUUAUAUCCAGGAAACUCAGUUCUAUCAGUUGACCCAGCACCAGUUCCACCAGUUUCUGUAAAUCUUUUUGGAAUUCACUUCCCAAGGAGUACAUCACAGAGCUCCUCUUGUGCCCAAUCUAUGCUUCCAGUUCAAACACUGUCUCCCAUCCUAAGUGCGGAACAAAGUAACUGUAAUCACACUCUUGCAGACUUGGAUCCCUUUUCUCAAGUGCAGAAACAAUCCAGAGCCCUGCAGCAUUCCUUGAGUUCUGUUCCUGACUCCUCUGCAAAGAGGCAUUGUGUUUCUUCAUUGCCUAGAAAUUCAGCAAGCUUCUUUCCAUACAGAUCCCAACCAGACCACCAAGUACAACAGCAUACCCGUGCAAGGCUAGAUGAUCUGCAACCAAUUUCUGUUUCUUUAGCAGAUAAGAACCUCAUAAAAACCUCUUUGGACAGAGUAUCUUCUGCAGCCACAUAUGUGAAUCCUCUUGAAACCUCCUCUACCAGAGAAUCAUUCAGUACCUGUUCUAUCAAUGAACCCCUGCAGUCUUUGCAUGCUUCAUCUGCAAUCCCCAAUAAUCCCAGGACUUUGUCAUUUAUAUCCUCCUCAAGGACAAAAGCAGUAAGUCCAGCUUCUUCCCCGUUCGAAUCUACCACCAACUCAUCUGAUCAGUUUGCCUAUGCUUCUGCUAAGAUCACCAGUAAUUCCAACCCUUUGUCUUCUGAGAUUCAUGCUUUCGCUCAGCAGAGACGGUAUGCCAGGGCAGUUGCUGCUGUAAUCUCAAACAGAAAAGCAUCAAGCUCCUCUUCUUCAUCGCCAGAAUCCACCACCAGUUCAUCCCACCAGUUUGCGUAUGAUUCCACCAGGAUCGCCACUGAUUCCAGUGCUCGCUCUCCUGAGGCUUAUGGUUUUACGCAGCAGAGACAGAACACACGGGCAAGUGCUACAGCCAGCAACAUUUCUUCUCCUCUAGACUCUACCACCAGCCUAUCUGGCCAGUAUGCCUAUGCUUCUGCGAGGACCACCAGUAGUUCCAGUGCUCUCUCUUCUGAGGCUUAUGUUUUCACGCAUCAGAGACAAUAUAACCGUGCAACUGCUACUGCAGUCUCUUCAAGGACAAGUCCAAGAAGCAAAACACCUUCCCCCUUAAAGUAUACCUCCUUUCAUGGUCCUCCUAGUCAGAAUAACUUAAUAUCCCCACUUUCUAAACAGGGGGACCAUUCUGCCUCUCUGCAUGAAAAGCAGAUGCCUUACUGCUCUGUUCCCCGGAAUAGUCGCCCUUCCAAAAGCUAUGAUAAAUGUCUCAUCUUGUAAUAGCUAGCCUUAAAAUGGUCCCUAUGAAUACAUCUGCAUAUGGAGACUUUUUUCAGGGAGAGGGAUGAAGAAUGGCCUCUUGAAUGUGCCGAAUGAGUGCUUGUGCUGAGCCAGCCAGUGACCACUCAUCUAUUAAGUGUCCAAUUCAGAGAAUUCUGUUUGGUGCUUAUAUAUUGCAGUCCAAAAAAGAAUGGCAGUGCUGGUCCCUGAAUCAUUUUAUGUUGCAGUUUUUCCUAAGACUGCUGCUCAUUCUGAAAGAUAAAAGAGAAAGGGUGUGAAGAGACAGAGAAUUUAAAUCUGAAGUUGAGAGGGACUAAGGUAGGCUUGGUUGCCUAGUGAGGCCAAUGUGUACAUACUGUGCUGAAAUAACAGGGUUGAAUGUUAAGAGUAUUGUAAUUAAACCACUUUUCAGCCGUAAAAAGAGCUGUCGCUAAGAUUACGCACAGUGAGAUAGCUACCUCAAAUGGCACAUAAUAUAGAGCUGUAGUACAGUAAGAGAGAAAAGAAUGAUGGGUGCUCUUACAGCCAUUCCAGGGCCCUCUAGCUUAUUUGCUGGCUUUUGGUGUGAUGGAGGAUACCAUCCACCAACAGCAUUGAACCAAUGUCAGCUGAUUCACUCAUUUUCUGCAUGAGAAAUAGAAGCAGUGAAUUUUUUUCUCAGGUAAGCGCAUGCCCUGGGUUGGUCCUGCCCAGAAUGUCACUGUGAGAUCUUCCUUUUAGUUCUGCUUAUUAGAGCUUUUUGGUGAUGAAAAGGCAGGGUAGAAUUGUAAUUGCCUAAGGUGAUCAGAUUCUGUGCUGGAAGCAGCUUGGUUUCCUGAUGUGCUUACAUUGUGUAAUUGCAUAUAAUUACUUGAUACUGUUUUUCUGUUCUGAAAUCAAGCACAGGAAGCUGAUCCCUGAACUUCAGCCUCCUUUUUCAAGCGUUUGAAAUGUUUGUUCUUAACAUAACAAAGCAUUUGAAACAUUUCUUCUGAAGCAAUUUGAGUCAAUAACUGUUAAAAAGAGUCAGUUUUGCAGGAUGUUGAAUGUGUCGCUCUCUGUAUCUGGUGAUGUCUGGGAGCAGAAUGGUUGACAGUCGUGCUGUCUGUAUUUUCCUCUGGAAAUUCUGCUGAACCAUUUCACAUGGGUUGUGAUUUAGCAGAAACAAAACCUGGACUGUUCUGAUUCUGGGUUAUGACCAAAACAGAAUCUGAAGGGAUCCUAGGGUGAUUUUAAGAAUGAAUACAGCUAGGUUGGAAUGUGUUGCUUUCUGUCCUCCUGCUUUUCCUCCACACAGCCUUGGUGCUUGCCUGCUCACUUCCCAUGUUCCCAGCAGUCUUCCCUCCCCCACUUCAGUUGCCACUGAUGUCCUAGUGCAGCGUAUGCCACUGGCUGACCCAUCCGUCCAUCAGUCUUCCCAGCACCCUCCCCUUGGCCACCUCCUGCUUCCCAGUGCCUUCCAUCUCUCUCUGCAUGUUCAUCUGCCGUCCCUGCCACUGCUGAUGUCUCCAUAAGCCAUUGCCAAGAAAAUCCUUCAACCCUGAUUUAUUCUUGUUGUCCACCCUCCUCCAGAACUACUACUUCCAGGAGGAGCCACAUUUUGGUCUGCAUCCAGAAUAAAACAGUCCUGUGAUGGGGACCAAUGCCAUCAAAAAUACUUUUUUUGGUUCUGGCACAGUGCAGCCCAAACAAGCUCUUCCAUGCACAUAUCCCUAAAUUCUAGUACAUCUGCCUUCACUAAGCUACCUUUUGGGGGGGUAGGUUGUCUUUUCCCUAAAUGGGAGCAGAUAGUUUUGUUUUAAAUCCUUUCUCUCACCCAGGCCCUAACCUGCUUGUGGCUUACUAUCAACCAUCUCUAGUUCGCAACUGCCUUUUCUGUCAACAGCUGUUGCACACACACACCAUCCCUAUAGAGAAAGAAGUUAAUCUCUUGGGGUAGUUAGACUCAACAAGACAAGAAUUCAGGAGGAUCUUUUAUUCAAGGAACAAUAAUUCAAGGAACGUGUGCAUAUUUUUUAUAGAGAGAAGUUUUCUAGUGCAUUCUAUCUCCAGUUUAAUUGCCUUUUAGAAAAUUAAUAAUUCUGUAAUUGUUUGGUUUUAUUGUUUGUUGGUCUUUUUUUUGUUUCAGAUAUAAUAAAAUGUUUUUAGCAGAGGAUAAGUUCUUAAAUUUGACAUUUUUAAUUAAUCAUACUGUCACAUAAUUUUUUUUAUGUAAAUGGGUAUGGAUAGAAAUUUAUUGAAAUUGCUUAAAGGGUCAAGAAUCUCUCAUGUUUUAUUUAACCCGCUUUUUUAUUAGUACUGCCUCUCCCACCCCCC